AUGUCGCUUAUAGGAGAAGAUUUGAUCGCAAGGCUUUACGACAACCCCGUACCAGAUCCAAUGCUUCAAACCCCGACUGAAGAAACACACCCUGUUUGUGUACGGGUCCAGAGUGGCGACAAAGGCAAAGGUGUGAUGACAGAACAGGGAAUACACUCUCGGGAAGUGGGUGGCUCAUCAAGGCCUAGCCGUGCUUUUUUAGCGUCUAACAGUUACCCAUUAGGCACGUUUGGGAACGAUGCUGUUUCGAACAGCUCCCAUUUACCGACGACACGAACAUUAAAUGCAAACACAACACAGUUUACCUACCCUCCGAUGUCGUUGUCCGGUGAUUCCUUCAUAAUGCUACACACACCAUCUGUUGGAGGUGAAACAAGGGUAAAACCAGCAUUGCACGAACGAGACGCCCCUCCAUAUUUCGAUUACCCAAUGGCUGGAGCGGACGCAAUAGCAAGAGGCUUAAGGGAUGCCCAGUACGAGGGAGAUGAUAUUUACGUUGGAAGGAUCUUCAAGACGAAAGAUGACUGCAAGCUAAAACUCGCUAUACAUGCAAUAAAUCGAAGAUAUCAUUUCAAGACCGUUAACUCCCAGCCCGAGAAUGUCAUUGUUGUCUGCGUUGGGCCGACGUGUCCUUGGAGGAUAUAUGCGGUACAGAUGGAAGACAACAUGCGCUUUGAAGUUAGGACUGUUAACUCCAAUCACACUUGCAGUGUCGACGCGCGAGGUGAUUUCCACCGAGUAGCUUCCACUGAAGUUAUUGGGAAAAUGGUUCACGAGAGGUAUGGUUUGAACAUUAAGGGGCCAAGGGCAUGUGAUCUACGCCGUCUGCUUCGACAAGAGUACAGCUUACAUGUUAGCUAUUGGAAGGCAUGGAGAGCGAGAGAGAUUGCGAUUGACAACACCUUGGGAGGUGCUGCAGCAAUCUUCGCCUUGGUUACCCCCUACUUUGAGAAAAUUCUAACGUCAAACCCAAACUCGGUGGUUGCAUUGGAGACAGAGACCUCAGCAUCAGGGGUUGGAUAUCAGUACAUGAGGAAGGUGAUAGUCAUUGAUGCUACACACUUAAGCGGACGAUAUGGUGGGUGUCUCAUGGCAGCUAGUGCGCAAGAUGGUAACUUUCAAGUCUUUCCAAUCGGUUUUGGUAUUGUCAACAGUGAGAACGAUGACUCCUGGGAAUGGUUCCUAAGGAAGCUGACCGCAAUAGUGCCGGACGAACAUGACCUGGUCUUCGUCUCUGAUCGUCAUGCUUCCAUAUAUGCCGCCAUACGGAAGGUGUACCUGAUGUCUUCACAUGGAGCAUGCAUUGUCCACUUACAAAGGAAUGUAGUCACUAAUUUCAAAUCAGACCACCUGAGCCACCUAACUUCAGUAGCUGCACGUGCCUACCGUUUUAGCGAUUUUGAAAAAGCUUUUAUGGAAAUAAAAGCACUCGACGAAAGGUGUGCUGAAUAUCUGCAGAGAAUAGGUUUCGAGCAUUGGACGAGGUCUCACUUCGUGGGAGAACGCUAUAAUGUCAUGACGAGCAACAUUUCUGAAUCUUUGAACAAAGUGAUGACAAUGGUAAGGGAGUACCCCAUUAUUUCUAUAUUGGAAACAAUAAGAACUACACUUGUAUCUUGGUUCGCGAUCAGAAGGGAAUCUGCAAACACUGAGACUGACGUCGUGAACCCCAAGAUUCAAGAAAUGCUGAUUGAAAGUUUUCACAAGCCCUCGGGGUAUUUCGUCAUGAAAAUAGGCAAUGGACUGUACGAGGUGCGUGACAAGAUGGAUACAGCCUUUGCAGUAUCAUUGUGGGAACAGACUUGUAGCUGCAAGGAAUUCCAACUUCUACACAUCCCAUGUUUCCAUGCCAUAGCGGCUGCAUUAAAAGAGGGAGUUCGUGUAGAUAAUUUGGUUGAUAUACAUUACACAACCCAGUAUCGCAAGUUGGCAUAUAGUAAGGUGAUUAUGCCAGUGCCUGAUAUGGAUCAUCUAGCACCACGGCCAGAUGAUAUAGGCGGAGGUAAACUUGCACCUCCGGCGGUUCGUCGACCCCCAGGGAGACCACGGAAGCAAAGAAUAUUGUCUCAAGGGGAGUUCAAGCGAGUUUCCAGAAGGAAGUGCACAAGGUGCCGAGGUCGUGGUCACAACCGUUCAACAUGCAAGACCCCUUUACCGGGGGAAUAG